ACAGUGUUUUGGAAGAGUUGGGUUUCCCAGAUGGAAAAGGAACAGCCACCGGAGCAGCUACCGUCGAGACAAACACGAAUUCUCUCUUUUGCGCAGUCAACGCGAAUCGUUAUCGAUUGAAUGAUCAUUAUGGUUACAGAGGUUUUUACCGCAAAAAGGGAUUGGUCGGGGCCUGCACGGGAGUGGCUGUACGAUGGAUAUUCUCGUUUGUCAGCAACGGCGGGCUCGUAGGCCAGCCACCGCAUCAUUCACAGCUACGACAGGCACUCACGCAAUCUUCUUCUUGGCCUCGUUUCGGUUGCUAAAAAGGACGCUACGGCACUACACCGGCAACCGCUGCCGGAUCCCCGACGUGCUCCGCGACGCCCCUUUCUGACGUUUUUUUUUUCAGGAGGAUGUCAAGCCAAACCAAAAAUCUGUGAAAAAGAUUUUAUGGAUUAACAUCCUCGCGGGCCUCAGGCGUUUGGAGUCCGCCUCGCCGGUCUGCGGUUGUGAACACAAGGGCAAGAGACACAAAAGAGAAUCGUUUCGAAUAAGACACACGGAGACGAAACUGAUAUACAUCGAAACCAAACCAAUCCAAUCCAAACCAACUCAAUGCAUUGCUUUCCUUUCCAACCAAAUCACAAUCCGCUUUCCGACCGAUUGGACCUCUGCCCCCGCUUCGUCUCGUUUCGUUUUGAUUCGUACUGACCUAUAGGACGACGAGUUGGAGUUCCACGGCUGCAGGGGAUUGCGCCCUCUGCUCGUGGGACCGGUUCCCCCACUGCCACUGCCACUGCCACUGCCACUGCCACUGCCACCUUCACCGCCGCCGCCACCGCCACCGUGGACGGCUCCGACAGAGCCGAGCCGGUUCCCACCGUGCGUUGCGUUGUUCCUUGCCACCGAGUUCUUUCGGUCCCGUUCCUCGGCAUCCUUUUCCGCUUUUAGGACGGCCGCCUCCCUGGAGCGCUGGGUGGCGAGUUCCUGCUGGCGCUCCCGGGCCCUUCUCAUGUCCUCGCGGCGGGAGUCGGCAUUCCCGGAGUUUUCAAGGAUGCCCGCCGCCUCCGACGGCGACGACAGCACGUGCCCCCUCGACGCCUUGCCGCCGGCGUCUGUAGACCGACGGAAUCAAAUCAAAUCAAAUCAAAUCAAAUCAAAUCAAAUCAAAUCGGAUCGGAUCGAAUCGAAUCGAACCGUGGGCGGGUUGGUGGGUUCACAGAGAAAAACAGCAAGGCAAGAAGAAGAAGUGAGCCAUCUAUCGCAGGCGGGACGCAGGUGCGUUCGGAAGCGGCUUCUCGGUGUGGUCUUACAUCGCGAUCGGAAAAAAUAGACGCCGGCCAGGAGCAUCGCGAUCGCAACGCCGUUUUCCUUCAGAUACGCCACGGCGGCAUCGAUGGAUCGGUUCAGCGCCGAUGCGAAGGCAUCGAUCGGGUUCAUUUCGUUUCGCUGGUGGUUGGGAGCCCCCGAACAAGCUACGGGUUAGGCUGUCUUGCCCCUGCUUUUCGUUUUGCGGCGCUCCGUGGGCGUUCAGCGACCACAGAGGUGUUCGGGUUGUGUGCGGUACGUACGGUACGCGUAUUGUGCUGCAUUCGUUCUUCGUCUUCGGGACGUCGUCUGCUGGGGGAACAGGAACUCCCGUGAGCACGAAUCGGAACACCGAGGCCUAGUUUGGUACCAUACGUACGUACGGUACCCUAGACCCCUGCCCUACAACUGGUACGAGUACAAAACGACAAGACAAGACACGACACGACACGAUGCGAUGCGGCGGGCGGUCACCACCGCUAGGGGUCCGCAACGCAACGCUUUUUGAGCGUUGCAACGCUGCACUAGGGUUAAAAUUUUUGCAACGGUGCAACGCUACACUCUACUAGUACACAACGGCGUUGCAAGACUGAAUCAUAUGGGACUAAAAAAUUCGAUUUUUUCAUUCUCCCAUCUCCAUUUCCCCUCUCCCCCCCCUCCACACACAAAAACUUUUGUCCCAAAAUAUUUCUAUUAGUGGUCCUUACUACUGGAGAGGUAAAUUCAUUGGUUACCACUUUUGAAUGACUAUUACUAGUAGUGCUUACUACUGGAAAACGUCUACUAUUACUACUUACUAGUGAGGAUGUUAGUAUGGUAGUAGUGAGCAAUAUGACCUGCUGUGUUCUUAGUAGCAGGGGGUUUUGUUUCUUCUACUAGUUUUGUUGGUGCUGCUCCCUUCUUGCAAAUUUUAAUACUAUGAAUUCUUGUACAUUUUCAGAGAGGUUUUUAUAGUACUACUAGUAGUAACAAACUAGUAGUAGUUGUUGUCCGUAGGAUAUCAGACCGUGGGUAUGAUUCAUACAUACGACUCAUACAUAUGAUACGUAUCUACGAUUCAUACACACCAUACAUAUAUGACUCACGCGAUCCCCUAGGAUUCAUAUUAUCGACGUGACUCAUCUCAUUCACUUGCGUGAGUGACUUGACUCAUUCGAUUCGCAUCUCACUCGAUCUCCACAGCGAUCCAUUCUAGAUUUCAUAGUUCGUCGAUCCUCGAUAAGAGCAUCGACUCACUUUUCUACUAGCAYACAUUUUACAUCACUAUUAGGACAGUCUCUCMCACAGGUUAUGACACCCUUCCAAUAAAAUUAAUCACCACCAUGGUGAUAAUUUUUUUAGGCGUGCUCUCUCCUUAAUACGAACUCUACCGACGCAACGUCGACACACACCUUUGCUCAACGCAUCGACGGCGCAUGCGCUCACCGCCGCCAUCGUUUUCGACAACGCUUUUGCAUUUGUCACUGCCAUCGUCUUCGACAACGCUUUUGCAUUGUCACUAACACCGUCAUCGACAAGGCACACGCCUUGUCAACGCCAUUGUUCCCGAAAUUACUAAUUUCGAAACGAUCGCCAUUGUCGCCGCUCACGACGUUUUCUCGCACCUUAAAAUUUCCGAAAUCUUUUCACUAAUUUUCUUUACGAUUAACAAAACUUUUUYGGCGACGACAAACCCGUUUCUAUUUUUUAUUCCCACAACGAUAUAAAAUAAAUCCCACACGUGCAUCCGCGCGUACCACUCAUAAAUCCUUCACUCCCACAACGCGACCAUCCCGCGUUACGCGCGACCACUCCACGUCCCGCGUCCAUCCCACGUUACCGUAAAACCUCAAUUCCGAACAAAAUUCAAGCUUCUCACAAACACCGCACUUUUACGAUAACAUUGCACUUCGACHCGCUUCGCAAAAYUCAUCAUAAAAUAUAUCUCCUUCGAUCUGAAUCAGAAAUAUAUUUUAUACUUCCAUCGUCGCAUCAAUCGACAAAUAUCAACAUGAGUGCUAAAACCCGAAGCAACAAAACCCCGAAGCGCACCUUCCACCCCGACAUUGACUCCAUUCAUGCCGUCUUCCUUAAACACGACAGUUAUCCUGAACUGACCGAACCAAUGAACACAGCAUACGGAUUCACUGACGACUUCGUCGACUACCUCAACAAGACCCAAGAUGCCUUCGCCGACGUCGGCCAAUUUGUCCCAAACGUCCGUCAAAAGAUCAUCGAACACAUUGAAAACAACGCGUAUAACACGACCGAUAAAACUCGUAUCGAAAUGCUGAUAAGAGAAAAGACACAACUCCUUGUCGAGAUCGCCAAAGGCAAACGUGCCCACGUGUUAGGAAGCAACCUCGAUCGCGCUUUAAACCAUGCACCGAAAACCGCACAGCCAAACGUACUCGUUUUCUACAUCAACUGGUCGGCCUUCUACAUUGACAAUCGACUGACAACCAAAAAUGUAUUCAACUUUGCGCUCUUCGGCGAAAUCCCUUUUCCUCUUACCGAUCCGAACGCAGUCCCGCCACCUCGGCCACCUCCCACUGGAACGACACCUACCGAAACGGCCCUUGUUGAACUUUUCAAACAAAACAACGACAUCUUGAAUAAAACAGCUGACGCAAUCAAGCACCUUGCCCCUAAGAAAGUGACGAAGAUGCCCGCAAGCGGUAUCAACCCUUUCAUCCCCAUGAACUUCUCCUCCGGUAUUAAACAGCGAUACGACUUCAACAAAGUCCCAUACAUGUUCCAUACCAGCGACACCCUUACCAGACUCCUCGACAUCGCAAGCCUUCCCCAUAACCUACGAAACUACGCUCGCGAUAAACAAAACUCGGCAUCUGGUUUUGUCACAAGAAAUGGCUCAUACUUCGUCCUUGCAGACCUCGGACCACAAAGUGAAAAGAACUUUCGCAACAACGUCAAUAAAAUGACAGGCGAAACAUCUUACGAACUUUAUAAUUGGUACACGGCUUUCACSWCCCAUUGCGCCCGCUAUGGUAAAUACUGCCACCCAUAUCCAUGCUUUCGUCCCGACUGCAACCACCCACGAGGCUUCACCAUCGGGAAAGACGAUCAUGAUGACCUUCAUUCGACAUUMGAAACGCUAAUAUCUACCGACUCUCGAAUCAUCUGGGACGUCCUUCACAUAGCUUGUACCUCACAUAAUAAAUUUCGACAAAUCGUCGAAAUCUACGAUGGACACGGCUACGAAGCAUUGAAAGCGAUCAUAUGUGCAACACAUCCAUUCCUAAUGGUAUCUCCGUCAUCACUAGUUACGACGCGCCCUACUCAAAGUUCACUGUCCCUCAUGGAAUAUUGGAAGAAAUACAACCACUACAUCAUGCUCCGUGCAUUAGUCAAAAAUAACAAGCAAACAGUCUACGAUAAAACUGAACGAGAACAUUUCGUCAGCGGUUGUAACUACUCGUCCUUCCUUCAAACCGAAAUUCGCCGUGAACAAGACUUUACACACCUCAAACACAAAUUCAAGCCCUCAAACUUCUUGGCCACUCUUCAACAAUAUUUGAAUCUUCCAAACAGUCCGGCUGUCGCACAAUCAUCGCAACGAAACCAACUCCGAAAACUCAACCCAUACGUUCAGCCUUCGAAGAAGCCCUUUGCACCUGCAACGAAAACAGUUUCAAUUAAUCAAAUACAAACCAUCGACGUCGACGACAAUUUCCUCGACCUUGCCUACUCUAUGUCGAUUAACAAAAUUAAAGCCAAUCCUGCUUCGUUCAAUAAACAAUGCCUCGUUUGCAACAUGAUGACUGGACAAACAUCAAACCAUACCUUUGAACAUUGUCCAAUCCUUCAACAAUCGAACUUACUUCGUCAAAAUUUUAUCAACUUUUGCCAAAUGUACAAACGGGCACAAAAUACUUUAAACAAAGCAAAUGCUUCGAUUAAUCAGGUCCAGGCAUCAUCACCGAUUGAAGACACACAACUCAUAGUUGAAAAUGUUGCAGAUAAACCUCACUCAACCGAUGACGCUGAAAUGGAUUUUGUCCAGGGCGGACGAUAAAAUCGGACGAUCCUUGCCCUCCCCAUGUUCCGUCAACAAAUCCUGUCCUUCAUAUGCUAAAUUCUCUACGCAUUAUGCAUAUGCACUCCUUCCCUCCUCUGACACUGUAUGCGAUACCUCAUCCCCGACUAAUACAUCCAAAACAAAAGU